GAAGUACUCACAGAAUAAAGGUUGGAGGUUUGAAGUUCUUGGUGUGGCAGAAUCCGAUGUUAAAGGUUAUAAGGAGGCUAGUGCCGCAAUCUCUGGUGCAGAUGUUUAUGGAAAGCUGAAAUUUGAGAGUGGAAUUCAUAGAGUGCAGCGAGUUCCGAUGACUGAGAAAUCUGGGCGAGUUCAUACAAGUGCCGUAUCUGUUGUUAUUCUUCCUCAAGCAGAUCAGGUGGAUGUCCAAAUCAGGAAUGAAGACCUAAAAAUUGAUACAUACAGGUCUGGUGGUUCAGGUGGUCAGAGUGUAAACACCACUGAUAGUGCCGUCAGGAUUACUCAUAUGCCAACUGGGUUAGUUGUUGCCAUACAGGAUGAGCGAUCCCAACAUCAGGCACGAAAUCUUAUUUGCAAACAAGGCCAAAGCACUUAAAGUAUUGUGUGCGAAGUUAUAUGAGUUGGAAAGGACUCGGCUUGAUG